GAUGGGAUUUCACUAUAUUGGCCAGGCUGGUCUUGAACUCCUGACCUCAAGUGAUCUGCCUGCCUCUGGCUCCCAAAGUGCUGGGAUUACAGAUGUAAGCCACCACGCCUGGCCUCUUGAUGUUUUUUUAAAUUGAGUGUUAGGUACAUUCAUGCCCAUUUUAUUGACAUUUUAUUAUAUAAAGGUUAUAUUCCCCCUUAUAUCUGUAUGUAUGGGUAUUUUUAUAUGAAAUAAAUUUUAAAUGCUUGACAAUAAUGUCUCCUCUACGACUUCUAUUUUCUGUUCUUGCAUUCACUAACAUACUUUUAGAAUGAAUGAGUGGUCUAUAUUCUAUAUACUUUUAUAGAAUGAGUGGUCUAUAUUUUCUGCUUCGUUUUAUCCACAACUGAUGCCUCUUCAAUCUCUUGCAAUACAACUUUUUUGUCCUGAAAUAAUGAAACAUUUGGGUCUGUGCCCGACCCUUAUCAUUAUUCUUUCUUCCUAGGCAAUGUUACUCAUGAUUCAUCCACCUACUUGCAUUAUACAGAUGACGCCUAAUCUGUGUCUCUGAACCUAAACCCUAACCCAAGUUUUAUUAUUUAUUUAUUUGAAACAGUUUCACUCUUGUUGCCCAGGCUGGAGUGCAGUGGUACGAUCUGGGCUCAUUGCAACUUCAGCCUCUCGGGUUCAAGCGAUUCUCCUGCCUCAGCCUCCCAAGUAGCUGGGAUUACAGGUGCCCACCACCAUGCCCAGCUAAUUUUUUGUAUUUUUAGUAGAGACUGGGUUUCACCAUGUUGGCAAGGCUGGUCUCGAACUCCUGACCUCAGGUGAUCCACCUGCCUCGGCCUCCCAACGUGUUGGGAUUAUAGGCGUGAGCCACUGCGCCCAGCCAACUCAAGUUUUAGAACUCUAUAUGCUGGAUAUUUUCAGUCGUUUACUUUACCAGAUGUAUUUCCCCUAUUAAUCGUUUUUUUCCUAUCCACUUUUCUAUUUCUUCAAACCAUAUCAGUUUCAGUCUCAUAUCUUUGUAGUAAUCAUUGGUUACUCUCUCUUCCGUCACUUCUGAUCAGUUAUCAAGUCUUUCGUCUUUUACUUUAAAUAUACUUCAUUUCCACUCAAUGGUCAAUCAUCCCAUUUUAAUCCACUAUCGCAGAGUGCUGGAAUUAUUUCAAUAGCUCCUCUCUGCCUGACCACUUCCUCUCCCUCCUUAGGUGAUAAUCUUUUUUUCUUGUUUGAGACGGAGUCUCGCUCUGUCGCCCAGGCUGGAGUGCAGUGGCGCGAUCUCGGUUCACUGCAAGCUCCGCCUCCCGGGUUCACGCCAUUCUCCUGCCUCAGCCUCCCGAGUAGCUGGGACUACAAGCGCCCGCCACCAUGUCCGGCUAAUUUUUUUGUAUUUUUAGUAGAGACGGGGUUUCACCGUGUUAGCCAGGAUGGUCUCCAUCUCCUGACCUUGUGAUCCACCCGCCUCGGCCUCCCAAAGUGCUGGGAUUACAGGCGUGAGCCACCGCGCCCGGCCGGUGAUGAUCUUUUAAACAGAGGACUGUGAUGAAACAUGGUGCUAGGUGAGCAAGAUAACUUAGGAUAUCUUUCUUUUGUGUUAGAUGAAGUGAAGAAGGGAGGGUGUUGACCCUCCUGGAUGAAGUGAUGAAGCCCUGAACUGUGGCAAUGAUGCCGGAGAAGGAUGUAAAAAUCGUAAAGUCGACUGGUGACCAAUUAGAGCUGGAAGGACUUACCCACGCUAACACCUCCCAAAUAUGGGAGUAUUUUACUACCAUAAAUGAAAUACAUCAAGUGAAUUUUUGCUAAGCGAGCAAUACCCGCGCUUCGGUAAGAACUGUCACGCUUAGAGCGGGCCAACCAGCUUCCACCAUCCAGAUGGCGGAUCCUAGAUUGGCAGCCUGCGUCUCUCUAGCUACCGUCUCUAUGGUUCGGGGAAUCUCCAGGUCGGGGCUUGACGGGUCCGACUUUUGCGCGUGCGCGAGUCCUGGCGCGUGCCCGCCCUCAAGCAACUGUCCGACCCCGCGGGUGGGAGGGGUGGGUCUGGGAACGUUGCGGCGGCUGUCGCCGCGGCCCCAGCACCCAGAGCUGUUCUCUGGCCAAGCCUGCGCCUGUAGUCCUUCUUUGCCUCCUGGGGCGGCCGCCACCCACCCCCAGAUGGUGGGUCCGGAGGAUGCCGGAGCCUGCUCGGGAAGAAACCCCAAGUUGCUCCCGGUGCCUGCGCCGGACCCCGUGGGCCAGGACAGGAAGGUAAUCCGGGCCACGGGCGGCUUUGGCGGAGGCGUCGGCGCUGUGGAGCCGCCGGAGGAGGCUGACGAGGAGGAGGAGACGCCGCCUCGGCAGCUCCUUCAGCGUUACCUCGCGGCGGCCGGGGAGCAGCUGGAGCCGGGGCUCUGCUACUGUCCGCUCCCCGCUGGCCAGGCCGGCGCCCCGCCGCCCUCGGCAGCCCCACGAUCGGACGCCUGCCUGCUGGGCUCGGGCUCCAAACACCGCGGCGCGGAGGUGGCUGAUGGCCGCGCGCCGCGGCACGAAGGCAUGACCAACGGCGACUCGGGUUUUCUGCCGGGCCGGGACUGUCGCGAUCUGGAAGAGGCUCGCGGGCUGGCGCGCGCCGGCGGCCGGGAGUCGCGCCGCCGCCGCCCCUACGGCCGCCUUCGCCUGGAGGGGCCUGGCGACGAGGACGCGGACGGCGCGGGAAGCCCGUCCGAUUGGGCCUCUCCGCUUGAGGACCCGCUGCGGAGCUGCUGCCUGGUGGCCGCGGACGCCCAGGAGCCCGAGGGCGCGGGCAGCGACUCGGGGGACAGCCCGGCCAGCAGCUGCAGCAGUAGCGAGGACUCAGAGCAGCGGGGAGUCGGCGCCGGGGGUCCCGAGGAGGGCGCGCCCCCUGCCACCUCGGCCGAGAGGACUAAUGGGGGUGCGGAGCCGCGCCUGGGCUUUUCUGACAUUCACUUCAACUCUCGGAACACGUUCCAGGUGAGCCGCGGUCAGAGCGCCCGCGAUCACCUGCCCCCGGCGGGGCCGCCGGUGCCCUUGCCCGCCGCGGAGCAGGGUCCUGCGGGGGCUUCGGCCCGGGCUCGACGGAGUGGCGGCUUCGCGGACUUCUUCACCAGAAACCUUUUUCCAAAAAGGACAAAGGAACUCAAAUCAGUUGUCCAUAGUGCUCCUGGUUGGAAAUUAUUUGGUAAAGUCCCUCCUAGAGAGAAUCUUCAGAAAACAUCCAAAAUCAUUCAGCAGGAAUAUGAAGCACGAACGGGGAGGACCUGUAAACCACCACCUCAGUCUUCAAGACGCAAGAAUUUUGAAUUUGAGCCGCUUUCUACCACUGCCUUGAUUCUUGAGGAUCGACCAUCAAAUCUUCCUGCCAAAUCUGUGGAAGAAGCUUUACGUCACCGACAAGAAUACGAUGAGAUGGUGGCUGAGGCUAAAAAACGAGAAAUUAAGGAAGCACAUAAAAGAAAAAGAAUCAUGAAAGAACGAUUUAAGCAGGAAGAAAAUAUUGCAAGUGCAAUGGUAAUUUGGAUCAAUGAAAUACUGCCCAAUUGGGAAGUAAUGCGUAGUACAAGAAGAGUUCGAGAAUUGUGGUGGCAGGGAUUGCCCCCUAGUGUCCGUGGGAAAGUUUGGAGUCUAGCUGUAGGAAAUGAACUAAAUAUCACUCCUGAACUUUAUGAAAUCUUCCUCUCAAGAGCAAAAGAACGGUGGAAAAGUUUCAGUGAAACAAGUUCAGAGAAUGAUACAGAAGGUGUAUCUGUUGCUGAUCGAGAGGCCAGUCUGGAAUUAAUUAAGUUGGACAUAUCCCGUACAUUUCCAUCUCUCUACAUCUUUCAGAAGGGUGGUCCAUAUCAUGAUGUCUUACACAGUAUUUUAGGGGCAUACACAUGCUACAGGCCUGAUGUUGGUUAUGUCCAAGGGAUGUCCUUCAUUGCAGCAGUACUCAUUCUCAAUUUGGAAGAGGCAGAUGCCUUUAUCGCAUUUGCCAAUCUCCUGAAUAAGCCAUGCCAGUUGGCCUUUUUUCGUGUGGAUCACAGCAUGAUGUUGAAAUAUUUUGCAACAUUUGAAGUAUUCUUUGAAGAAAAUCUUUCCAAAUUAUUUCUUCACUUCAAAUCUUACAGUCUUACACCAGAUAUAUACUUGAUAGACUGGAUCUUCACGCUAUAUAGCAAAUCACUACCACUUGAUCUGGCCUGUCGAGUCUGGGAUGUAUUUUGCAGAGAUGGGGAAGAAUUUUUAUUUAGGACUGGAUUAGGAAUCCUCCGAUUAUAUGAAGAUAUUCUCCUGCAGAUGGACUUUAUUCAUAUAGCACAGUUUCUAACUAAAUUGCCAGAAGAUAUCACGUCGGAAAAGCUGUUCAGUUGUAUUGCAGCCAUUCAGAUGCAGAAUAGCACCAAAAAAUGGACUCAGGUCUUUGCAUCUGUAAUGAAGGAUAUUAAAGAAGGAGACAAGAACAGUAGUCCUGCUUUGAAAAGCUAGUCUUCAAAAUUGACAGACUAACUGACAUAGAAAAAGUGGUUUUUGGAUAAAGGUUUUUUGUUUCCUAUGUAAAAGGCGUGGAAGAAAAUGUUGGAGAUACCUAAAAGAAUCAAGAGGUGGAAAACUGCUGAUUUUACAUUUUAUGGCUGAAGUAAAUGAAAUAAGUAACUUAUUGACAGUAUUAAUAAACUAUUAUUUUGUAGGUAGAGUCAUUUUUCAAAGGAAAAAGUUUAAAUGGUGAGUUUAUACUCCACAAUUUGGAGUAAACAAAAUGCAAUAAAUUUUUAAAAUAGCUUUGAAGAUACUUCAAAUUUUUACAUCUUUUCUUUUGUAACAGUUACCACAAAGAUACUCUGGAGGCUAGAGUAGGAUUGUUAAAUACUACUGUUAACCUCCAAAGUACUAUAGUACAGACAUUGUUUCCAGUUCUGACCUUUUGAAGAUAUUAUAGACCAGUAAUGAACAAAUUUGGUUGUAAAUUAUUUAAGUCACUGAAGAUGUCAUUUAUCUUCAUUCACAAGUUGGGGCAAAUUCGAGUUACCUAGGAACUGGAAAUGUUGGUGGGAGAUUGUUUAUUGUUUGUUUAGAUGUUUUUCCAUAGUAUCGUGUCCAUUCGUUUUUUAAGGGAAAUUUUUUGUCUUCCUUAAGGAAUUCCUAUCACUCAGAGAAUUUUAGCCAUUCUGGUUCUAGUCUAACAAAUUAUUCAUCUAAUAAUUUGACAUUAAGAAAACUAUAAAUAACUGGUAGAAGGAAAGUGCUUUGCACUUUAGUGGAUUGAAGACUUGACUUUGAGAGUAAGUCCAAAAACAUAUAUGAUGUUUCUCAGUGAUAAGAGUAAAAAGUAAUGAAUCCUGAGAGUCCUUAAACAGCAUGCUACUUGGCAAGACUUCAUAUUUUUUAGUUACAAUUCUUCCACUGUUUAACUCCAGUUUGAAAUUUGAAAUCUAAUAUGUAGCUAAAUCUGUGACUUGUAAAACUCUAUGCAUAAUUUUUCCUAAUCAGUGGAAAUAAGAAUAAAAGAAAAAGGUAAAGUUAAUUUUUUUUCUAAGUCUACAUCCUAUCUCUUGAUUCAGUUGCCUGAAGAAGCUGGGUAAGGAGAUUAGUCUUGUUAUUGAUUCUUUUAUGUGUCAGUGCCAUCUUAAUCUCUUCACAUGGUACACUAAAUGCUGCCUAUAACCCAUCCUCAUCUUCUUUACUCAUCAUUGCUUUCUUCAAGGAAGGUCUUGAUACUGCCCUCGUCUACCUCACUAUCCGCUAGUCUAGAUAGUGACUCUUUGGAAGAUUGGUAGCCUCUGAAUGAGUUAUCCAACUUCUGCUUCCUCACAUUGGCCACUUUGCAUAGGUUCGGGAACUUAGCAGGUUUUAAAUCAUCAUGCCCACGGAGGUGAAAUACUUUGAGGAAUGGGAACAUCUCUUCACUGUGUUUUUGGAUCAGCCUUCUCUCAACCGCCAAGAAAUGCAUGAUUUCCCUGCCAACUCUAGGAAGUAGUGCUGCAUGAUUGAAUCAUUAUUUGAUGAAUUCUUUCAUUGUAACAUAGGGAGUCAUUUUCAAAAAGGUAGAUAUGAGCUUAAAUUAAAUUGACUUAUGAAUGCUUUGCCUGUGGGCCCAACAGUGUCAUGACCCUCCAAUUGAAACAUAGCAUGAAUUAUUUUUAUGUCGAGUUCUUGAACUGCUAAUCAGGUGUGUGUUUCCUUGAAGUCCAGAGCAGGAUCCAGGUCAGAUGAAGGAGGUGGUAUGCCUGGCUUAACUGCUGAAAAUAGAGCAUUGAAACUCUUCACAAUGUGCUGCAUUGGGUUUCUGCUUGGCUUUCUCACUGAAUAGUAAAUUGGGGAAAAUGCUGCUUUUACUAUUUUGCAUUUUAUAGCAACAUUAACAGUCUUUUCCCAGUCAGGUGCUGUCCAGGGAACAUGUUUCCCUUGGGAGGUCUGAACAGAGUGAUCUGGCUUGAUGUAUUUCCUGAGCUCUAGUACCAUAUCAUAGAAUUAGUUAAAUGUAGCCAACAGCAAUGUCAGAACAAUUGACGUUGUCUUUCCAAGAGUGAAUGCAUUGGCUUUCGGAACUGCUACUAGAGACAUACAUGAGGCAGCGAACGCAUCUUUAGGUGGCGGCAAGGCUAUAUCUGAUGGACAGAGAUCUCUGAUCUCUAAUGACAUAUUGCUAUUGUCCUAUUAUGUUUAAAUUUGAACCUAAACUAAGUCACUUGAGUGUUAUGAGUGAUGGCUAUAUAACAUGCUGUUUGGUUAGAUUUACAGUGUGUUUUUAUGUUGCAGUUUAGUUUGAAACAACACUUAAGCACACUAUUUCUGUUAGUGUAUAUAGUUUUCAAACUAACAAGCCUGCGAUCCUUGUUAGUGUAGUGACUGCCUCUUUAGGAGUAUGGGGCCCUAGGGUGCCCAUAUAUUUUUACCCCAUGGGUCAUUCUAGUCUAAGGACUACUAGUAGAACCCUCAAAAGGUAAUUGCUAUUAUAGGGACUUACUUAUUAAAGACUGGUAAUAUAAUAAAAUAUUGAAGGAGUGGCCAUGGUCUUAGCAGGUUUUAGAAUGACCUUUUAACUCCAGUAACUACUUCCUUGGUAUUGGUAUCCUUGAUAGAGGGAAUAUAACCUCUGGCAGUAAUCUCAUUCAGGUUAUACUACCUGACUAAAUUUAAUCAUACUUUCAUGUAUUUGUUUCCUCAGUUGGACCUAAGUUACUGUAUUUGUUUUUCUUAUUUUUUUGUUAUUGUACAGUUUCUUUACCUUUCAAGUAUAAAUGUGUAUAUAAAAUGUAAAUACAAAGAAUUCACUAAAAACCACUCAUAACAAUUACUGUGUAAAUAAAACUGGUAAGCAGAGUAA